GGCUAGCAAGGGAGAGUUUUUUAUUUGUAUGCUUCCCACGAUGGACACUUCUGUGGAAUACGAGGAGUGGCUUUGUGCAUUUCUGGGGAUCUUCGCUACUUACUGUGUAGCGAGAGGGCUAUAUGACACGCAUAAUCAUUGAAACAAAUGAACGUAGACGCAGGAAAUCUGCUGACUCUGCUUUAUAACAGCAGUGUCUCGGAUGCCGAUCCGGGGUGGUGGAUACCCUCUGGGGUCUUUUCUCUCAUGAAUAUUUCAGGUCCCAAGCAAAGGCGUAUAGAGAGACAAGUCUUCACGACUGUGUCGAUAGAAAAAGCCUGCUUUCAACGCAGCAUCGUUAGUCAUGAAUUGUAUAUAUAUGUAUGUGUGUAUAUAUAUGUAUGUGUGUAUAUAUAUGUAUGUGUGUAUAUAUAUGUAUGUGUGUAUAUAUAUGUAUAAAAUGAACAAAUACCCAUCGUGCAUUUUUCACACGGCAAACUCCCU